GGGCAACCUCCGAGCAACAGGCAACUCCUGGCAUUUUGAGUAGCAUCAUCAGAUAUAUUGCGCUACAAAAACGAGACGAAGUCACAGCUACAAGAAGACGAGAUUUUCAAAAUCAGCUCCAUACCACUUCCCUUCACUUGAUCCAAACCAACCACCACAAAGUUCACCGCAAGAGAGCCGCGCAGCUCUCUCAACCUCAACAAACAAGAUGCCUUUCAAGAAAGACCUCACCGCCUCUCCAAAACAAAAACUCAAAUCCUCCAUCCAGCGCUCCCUCCGGACCUCGCUCCUGCAGACCUACCCCCUCCUCAACCCCUUCAUCGAAGAGAUCAUGCCCAAAAAGUCCUCCCUCGAGCAGAUGAAGCUCCCCGACCGGGUAUCCCUCUACGUCUGCGACGGAAACCCCCUGUUCUUCCAGCACGACAGCGACGUCCUCCUCCCCCACCUCAAGCUCGUGCACCGGUUCCCGCAGUGCUUCCCCACCGUGAGGAUAGACCGCGGUGCUAUCCGGUUUGUCUUGUCGGGCGCGACGCUCAUGGCGCCGGGGUUGACUUCUGCGGGCGGGAGGCUGCCGGAGCCGGAUGCGAGGGAGGGGAGGGAGACGCUUGGGGACGGGGCGCCGAAUGAGGGGGCUGAUGGGGAGGGGAGGUGGAGUAGGGAGUUGGAGAAGGGGGAGCCGGUUGUGGUUAUGGCUGAGGGGAAGGAGGAGGCGGCGGCGGUGGGGGUGCUGGUUAUGGGGACGAGGGAGAUCAAGGAGAAGGGGAAGGGGCCGGUGAUGGAGGAUGCGCACUUUUUGGGGGAUGGGUUGUGGAGGUUGAAUGUUGACUAGGGGUCUGGUUGUGAGUGGGAGGGUGAUGAGGGUGUGUUUGAUGAGAGGGAGUAGAUGAGAGGAGGAUGAAGGGGGGAGGAAAGUUAUGAUGAUCGGGAGUGGCAUGUAGCGGAGUAAACAAGCGAAUUAAUGAUGCGUGGCAGUAAUUGUAUCAGACUAUCAGUUGCGGUCAAACACAGGGAGUAUAUCUGUUAAUGGGUGCAUGUGU